UGGAUAACGUCUCCUUCAACCCGCAGCACAGACUCAUUUCUCUACACACCAGCUCUGAGUGGAUGCUCAGCAGGGGUGUUUGAGAUAUUAGCACGCUGUGGGGGAACGGCUCAGGGACUUCUGCCAUCCAUAUACAAAGAGCCGGCAGUUAGGAGGAAUAUGGGAAAAUCCGAAAGCCAAAUGGAUAUCAUGGAGAAAUCAAGUAAACCCGGAAAGCGUCGCUGGACUGUUGCGGAAAUCGGUCUGUCUGUGCUGCUCCUGUUAGUCAGCUGUGCCUUGGCCGGGCUUGUAGUCCUCUACACAUCAGCUAUGAAAGAACAAUCAAGCAGGCCGAGCGCGUCCAGGAGCUCAACAGGUGAGGGCCAGCUGUUACGCUCCAACCCCAGCAAUGUGUGUACAACUGCAGACUGUGUUACCGCAGCUGCCCGGCUCUUGCAAAACAUGGAUGAGUCCGUGAAGCCUUGUGAUAACUUUUACCAGUAUGCCUGUGGGGGUUGGCUGGAGCGACAUGUUAUUCCGGAGACCAGUUCCCGUCACAGCGUCUUUGACAUUCUGCGAGACAAGCUGGAGAUUGUCCUCAAAGGUGUUCUCGAGACAGUCAGUGAAGAGGACAGAGAUGCCAUCAAGAAGGCCAAAAUCCUUUACAGCUCCUGCAUGAAUGAAAGCCUCAUAGAGCAGCGUGACUCGCAGCCCCUCCUGAAGCUCAUUGAGAGUAUCGGUGACUGGCCUGUGGCGUCAGAGGACUGGAACACCACCACAGAGGAAGCCUGGAGCUUUGAGGACACACUGGCAACACUUACUGCUCAUUUCCACAAGAAGGUUGUGCUGGACAUGUAUGUGUGGACGGACGACCGGGACUCUCAGCGCCAUAUUAUCUAUAUUGACCAGCCCGGGCUUGGGAUGCCAUCUAGAGACUAUUACUUCAAUGAUGGAAACUACAAAAAGGUUCGAGAGGCCUACCUACACUUCAUGGUUUCCAUUGCAAAGAUAACCCGAGAGGACAGGAAUUUGACUCAAGAUGACGACCGAGUGUGGGAGGAAAUGAUGCAAGUGCUGGAGCUGGAGACAGACAUCGCCAAUGCUACAUCACCAGCAGAGGAACGCCAAGAUGUCACCAUUCUUUACAACAAGAUGGCACUUGGUGAACUGCAGAGCACAUACACCUUUAAUGGUUUCAACUGGACACGAUUUAUUCAAGGUGUGCUGUCGAGUGUGUCCAUUGAUGUCCAGUUGGACGAGGAGGUGGUCGUGUAUAGCUCUCCCUAUCUUGAGAAGAUGAACGAUGUUCUCUCCAGACACAGUAUCAGAACUAUGCAGAACUACCUCACCUGGCAACUCAUCAUUGACAGAGUUAACAGCUUGAGCCGCCACUUUAAAGAUGCCAGAGCGCGAUACAGAAAGACUCUCUAUGGGACCACUGUCGAGGAUGCUUGGUGGCGAGAAUGUGUGCGUUAUGUCCAAAGCAGCAUGGAGAACGCAGUGGGAGCUCUGUACGUGCGCGAGACUUUUGCAGGAGAAAGUAAACGAAUGGUGAGUGACCUCAUCAGCAAGAUCCAAGCAGCGUACGUAGAAACACUGGAGGAGUUAAGCUGGAUGGACACUCCCUCAAAGGAGAAGGCGAGAGAAAAGGCCAUGGCAAUCAAGGAACAUAUCGGCUAUCCAGAUCAUAUCCUGCAGGAGAGCAACCAAAAGCUUGACCAAGAGUAUGCCCAUCUAAAUUUCAGUGAAGAACACUACUUUGAGAACAUCCUGGAGAACCUCAAGUCAGAAGCCCACAAGAGUCUGAAGAAGCUCAGAGAGCCUGUGGAUCCUGACUUGUGGAUCAUUGGUGCUGCUGUGGUUAAUGCAUUCUACUCACCCAACAGAAAUCAGAUUGUGUUCCCUGCAGGAAUCCUGCAGCCGCCGUUCUUUAGCAAGCAUCAGCACCAAGCUCUUAACUUCGGCGGAAUAGGGAUGGUUAUCGGACAUGAGAUCACGCAUGGAUUUGAUGACAACGGGCGUAAUUUUGACCAAGAUGGUAAUAUGCUGAACUGGUGGAGUAAUUACUCUGCUGAGCACUUCAAAGAGCAGUCGCAGUGCAUGGUGCAACAAUAUGGCAACUUCAACUGGAAGCUAGCAGGCGGACAAAAUAUCAGUGGAAUCAGCACUUUGGGGGAGAAUAUUGCAGACAAUGGAGGGGUUCGUCAAGCAUACCAGGCUUAUCUUAAGUGGGUGGAGAUGGAAGGUGAAGAGCCUCGUCUACCUGGUCUAGACAUGGAUCACAAGCAGCUUUUCUUUCUUAACUUUGCCCAAGUAUGGUGUGGUGCUUAUCGGCCUGAGUAUGCCAGCCAGUCCAUUAAGACUGACUCACACAGUCCUUUAGAAUACAGGGUCCUUGGAUCGCUCCAGAAUUUUGAAGCUUUCUCAGAAGCCUUUCAGUGCCAAAAAGGCAGUCCAAUGAACCCUGAGCUGAAGUGUCGGGUCUGGUAGAACUCCUGAGAUUUGUUGGUUUUCUUAGCAUGGGCAAGUCAAAUCAAAAGAAUAAGUUGUACUUUAAAACCCACAGAGAUAUCCUGCUCAUGACUUAUUCCAGUAUGUUUGGGGCCAAGUGAUGACGCAGACACGUGCAUAUAUGGUACCGUAGGUGUUUUUUAAACAGCUGGCGUCCUCAGUACUCCAUAGGUUCUUAAAUUUAAAGCACGCAGAUUGUAAAAGAGAAACUUGCUUGAAUAUCUUAUCAAGUUUGAAUUAUUGUCAGUGGAUGAGGAGGUCAGUUGUUCCCUUUUGUUUUGUUUUUAUUUGUAUUUUUUUUAAUGUCCCACAUCGGGGCACAUGAAUGGAAAGGCUACAUGGAAAAGAUGAGACUUUUUGAAAGGCUUAAUGAGGUUGACUUUAAAUGCCCAGCGAGCAUUUGUUGAACAAAUUCUUCUCAUAAAUCUUAAGUGGAUUUUUGUAAUUUAAUGUGUAGCCUUUCAUCUGAUGUACUGUUUUUAAGACAUCGUGCCACUUCAGAAGGAAUAAUGGUGAGCAAAUCUGACUCUGGCUGAAGAGCAUGAAAUAAAUGAGAACUUACGGCUUUGCUGAUGCAAAGCUACAAAAGAAUUAGUCACACUCUGAGAGUUUGGUCAUUCACUGUUACAUGAAAACAAAUUGCUUAAAGACUUUAAGACUGUUAAAUCUUUGCAGCUUUAACCUUAAAUUAACACUCUGAGGGAGCUGCUGCGUUUAGCAUUUUUACACUUACGGCAUGGAUAAAUAUUUAACAUUUUCAAAGCUGGCUAAGCAGUUUUCUAAGUUUCUUUGCCACAUUUUGCAAAUGAUUGUUACUCAAUACUCUACCACGGAAAUGUACUAUAUACAUGUACUGUAUGUCAUGACACUUUGCUGUGGCCUGCUCCUUAGAUCGUGAGAAAAAAAACCCAGGAUUUGUUGGAGGUCGAGUGAUGUGACAUUGAUAUUAGUUGCAUUAUUGGUUACUCCCACUUUUGACUGUAAUCUGUUUAGACCCCAGUUGUUAUGUGUUUCUGAAGCCGAGAGGUUAAAGAGCUGAGCUCAAAAUCCUUAACAUGACGUGAACCUACAUUCAUUUUAUAAAAUAAUGUUACUCGUGUGAGAUCUGUAAGUUCACAUUUAACCCAAAAUAGUGCUUGGGUUUUUAGUUUUGUGCGCUUUCUUUCCGACAUGAGUGAAAACUCACACAGACAUUUAGCCUCUGGGGCGUAGCCAAUUACAUGCUGUGCUGAAAUGAGGGGAAAACCCCCUCAGAUACACUUGGACAGGCAGCAGAUGAAGUGGUUUUCUUCUGAUCUUGCAUUGAUCAGUGUCGUAUGAGAUGAAAGGAUGGAGCGCGGUGACCGCUGUAGCUGAUCCACAAGCUCGCACUGAAGAUUGGGGCUUGUCAUUAACAAGAUGGCCAGGGCCAGGACUGUUAUUUUCUACCUUUAUUAACAAGUAAUGACAGGAGAAUCAAAGAGGAUGGAGACACUGGCUGCCGUAAGCCGACAUUUUUGUGCUGGAGAGAGCUUUCAAACACAAACAACACACACACACACAGACGGUUUUGAAUGUUUGCUGUCACUGGUCACAUUUAGGGUGGCCUUGGUUAACUGAACACGACUGUUAGGUCUCAACAGAGGCUGCUAAAUUGAAUGUGCAUAUUGAAGCUUUAUACUUUCAGAGGGUCAGUCUCAGUGCUCCAAACAACAAAAACUGUUGUUUCAAACGGGGGGGGGGGAGAGGAAAUAUUACUGAGAGAUUUUUCCCCAGAAUCUAAGUGAUGACAGUGUGCUGCCAUCUCAAAGACAAAUGUUUGACAUUUUGGGAAAUGCAUUUAAAAAAUAUAUACAUGUAGGUAUUCAUUUUCAUAUUUUCACAUUUAAUAACAAAGAGGAAACAGUUACAUCUGACUAAUGGUAACAAAAUUCACCUUUCAGCACCUUUGUCGUUUAUAAAUCACAAGGAUGUCUACUAGAAAUUACAGCUACUGUAUAUACUUAAAGAUUUUCCCAGAGAACAACAAUCACUUGGCUACAGUUAAUAACCCUGGCUGUAUCUAAAAUCAUUAUGUAUUAUAUUUUAAUUAAGCCAGACCCAACUUUAUCACAGGUGGGUAAAAAAAGCAAAGGACAAAAUAGUUAAAGUCUCUUAACCCGUAAACCUUGAAACACGAAAUAGUUACCAGUAAUUUUUUUUUUUUUAAAUCUUCUGACAAAAUCUUCUAAACAAUAUAAAGUUAGGAUGCAAACCUCUAAGUCAAGUUUGGCAAAAGUUAAUUAAAAAACAAAACCUGCCAAAGAAUCAAAAAGAGGCACAACUGGGGGGUAAAAAAAAUGUUUGAAAAUCAGCUAGCAAUGUGGCUCAAAAUCAACUAUAAUCACAAUAGUUGCA